AUGUCCGAAGAAACCAAGGAGCAGCCCAAGCUUUACCUCGACGAGGUCACCGGGGAGCAAGUGUCGAAGACCGAGCUCAAGAGAAGACAGAAGGCGCGUGCCACCGCCGCCAAGAAGGCGGAAAAGGCCAAGCUGGCCCCCGCCCCCGCCCCGUCGAAGAAGAAGAAGGAUGACGAACCCGUCGACCCCACCCAGUACUUUGAAAACCGGUCGAAGCAAAUCAACCAGUUGAGAGAAAAGAACGAGGCUGGCGACGCUUUCACUCCUUACCCCCACAAGUUCUCGCGGACUUUGACCCUCCCCGAAUACAGAGAAAAGUACCUGCUGUUGAAGAAGGGGGAAACCUUGCCUGAGGAACAGGUCAAGGUCACCGGGAGAAUCAUGGCCAAGCGUGACUUGUCGCUGAAGCUCAAGUUCGUCGUGCUCAAGGGCGAUGGCGUCGAAGUGCAAAUUAUGUCGGCGGCGCAAGACUACUCGCUGCCCGAGGCGUUUGAAAAGAUCCACGACUUGAUCAAGCGGGGUGACAUUAUCGGUGUCACCGGUUACCCCGGUAAGUCGUCGCCCAAGAAGCAAGAGAACGCCGAAGGUGAGCUUUCGGUGUUUGCCCAAGAGAUCGAAUUGUUGACCCCCUGUUUGCACAUGUUGCCCACCGAGCACUACGGGUUCAAGGACCAGGAAGCGCGUUACCGUAAGCGUUACUUGGACUUGAUCAUGAACAACUCGGUGCGGGACACGUUCAAGACGAGAUCGAAGAUCAUCUCGUACAUCAGACGCUUCUUGGACAACCGCGACUUCAUCGAGGUGGAAACCCCGAUGAUGAACGUCAUUGCCGGUGGUGCCACUGCCAAGCCGUUCGUCACCCACCACAACGACUUGAAGCUCGACAUGUUCAUGAGAAUCGCCCCCGAAUUGUUCCUUAAGGAGUUGAUUGUCGGUGGCAUGGACCGGGUGUACGAAAUCGGUCGUCAAUUUAGAAACGAACAGAUCGACAUGACCCACAACCCCGAAUUCACCACCUGUGAGUUCUACCAGGCCUACGCCGACGUCUACGACUUGAUGGACAUGACCGAAGAGCUCUUCUCGGAAAUGGUCAAGGAGAUCUGCGGUGACUACAAGAUCAAGUUCCAACCCGACGGCCCCGAAGGCAAGGAACUCACCUUGGACUUCUCGCGCCCCUGGCGCCGGAUCAACAUGAUCGAGGAAUUGGAAAAGGUGUUCAACGUCACCUUCCCCGCCGGCGACCAGUUGCACACUGCCGAAACCGGCGAGUUCCUCAAGAAGUUGUUGAAGGACAACAACUUGGAAUGCGCGCCUCCCUUGACCAACGCGAGAAUGUUGGACAAGCUUGUCGGUGAGUUGGAAGACACCUGCAUCAACCCCACCUUCAUCUUCGGCCACCCGCAAAUGAUGUCGCCGUUGGCGAAGAAGGACCGCCAAAAGCCCGGUUUGUGUGAGCGUUUCGAAGUGUUCGUCGCCACCAAGGAAAUCUGUAACGCCUACACCGAGUUGAACGACCCCUUCGACCAGAGAGCUCGUUUCGAAGAGCAAGCGAGACAAAAGGACCAGGGUGACGACGAGGCCCAGGUCAUCGACGAGACCUUCUGCAACGCCUUGGAGUACGGGUUGCCCCCCACUGGGGGUUGGGGUUGCGGCAUCGACCGGAUCGCGAUGUUCUUGACCAACUCCAACACCAUCAGAGAGGUGUUGUUGUUCCCCACGUUGAAGCCCGACGCCGAACAAAAGUAA